ACUAUAAAAAGGGAAUGCAGAUGCAAUGGUCAGGUUAUUACCAUCUUGGCGAUCAUGGAUCGAAGAGUGACUGCGAUUUGUCUGGUGCUCCUGCUGCAGCUGGUGGGCCACGCCUGGGGCUUCCAGGAUAAGACCCCGGUGCAGACCAGCCUGGUGACCGGCCAGGCCAGGAACGAUAAGCAGCAACAGGUGCUGGACGAUACGCUGGGAAGUGGUCGGGGAAUCGACGAGCACCUUUUGAAGACCAUUGGUAAGGGCGGCAUCAAGCUGGUGAUGGCAACCGGCGCCUCGACGACCACCCCGAAACCGUCAGUACAUCAACAUCAUUACUAUUAUCCACCAGAGGAUCAGCAGCAUCCGCGCCAGUACGGUUAUGGUCCGCCGCCGCCAUGGUCGCCCACUCCGCCCAUUUACCCGCCGCCACCACAACGGCCGUGGGGACCGCCGCCUCCACCAUCGCCAGUGCCAGGACCACAGCCUCCUCCAUUUUACAAUCCCUACUACAAUGGCUACAACUACUACGGCGGCUUCGGUGGAUAUGGCUAUCCUGGCUAUGGGGGCUAUCCUGGCUUCGGCGGCUAUCCCGGCUAUCCGUUCUAUCCCUUCUAUCGCUCCUCGGCUGGCGGCGAUGGGGAUACCCAGGUACCCGGACCCGAUGGCCUAACGCCCUCGCCCAUUCCAGGCGUCUUCCAGGGCCGGGCCGUGCUCUCCCAGAACUUCCUUGAGGGUAGGAAUAAUGCCAACAUUGUGCCACUGUAUCAUCUGCUCCAAAUGGCUAGGGUUUAGGAUGUUUAACUAUAAUUUGAUAGAUUGAACAAAACUAAAUAAAGUGAAAACUAAUUAUGUGGAA